AUGGCAAGUGAGGCAGGUGCAUGCCAAACCCGAAAUGUGGGAAACUACGACGACGAUGAAGAGGAGGAGAAGGAGAUCCCGCCCCUGGACGAGGGGGACAUCGCCUUGCUGAAGACAUACGGAUUGGGACCGUACACGACCAGCAUCAAGAAACGCGAGGAGGAUAUCAAGAAUUUACAGGUCCGUGUGAAGGAGGAGAAAGUGAAAGAGCUGAUAGGGAUCAAGGAAAGUGACAGCGGCCUCUCCCUCCCAUCCCAAUGGGACCUGGUCUCUGACAAGCAGAUGAUGCAGGAGGAGCAACCAUUGCAGGUGGCCCGAUGCACCAAGAUUAUCAAUCCGGGGCAGGACGACGCCAAAUACGUGAUCAAUGUGAAGCAAAUCGCCAAGUUUGUGGUGGGCUUGGGCGACAAGGUCUCUCCCACGGACAUUGAGGAGGGCAUGCGCGUUGGCGUGGACCGCACCAAGUACUCCAUUCAGAUCCCCCUUCCCCCCAAGAUCGACCCGACCGUCUCCCUUAUGACUGUGGAGGACAAGCCGGACGUCACCUACGACGAGGUGGGCGGGGCGAAGGACGCGUUGGAGAAACUGAGGGAGGUGGUGGAGCUGCCCCUCCUCCACCCGGAGCGCUUUGUGAGGGUCGAGUCGAGGGAGGAG